AUGACCCACGCACGCGACGAGAAGCGGACGCUGCGCGGGUCGCGGCGUCGGUCGGCAGUGCAGGCAUUCAUACCGAUCGGCACGCAGAUUGCGCCAGGCCACGUCAACUACGUGCUGAUGUACAAUAUGCUGACUGGCAUCCGUGUGUCGGUGUCUCGGUGUGAGUCCAAGGACGCGCGGCCGGUGCGCCCAGAGGACUACAUGGCAGCACACAAGUACUCGUUUGACGUUGUGGGUGACGAGAUGACGCCGUCGUCGCGCUACGACUUCAAGUUCAAGGACUACGCGCCCUGGGUUUUCCGGUGCAUCCGCGAGGCGUUCCACCUGUCGACAGAGGAGUACCUGGUGUCGCUGACGGACAAGUACAUCCUCAGCGAGGUCGGGUCGUCGGGCAAGUCGGGCUCGUUCUUCUACUACUCGCAGGACUACCGCUUCAUCAUCAAGACGGUGCACCACACGGAGCACAAUACUACUGAGUUUGUGCGCGACCACCCGAACACGCUGCUGUCGCGGAUCUACGGACUGCACCGGAUCAAGCUGCCGCAGGGCCGCAAGGUGCACUUUAUUGUCAUGAGCAACAUCCUGCCGCCCAACAAGGACAUCCACGCGCAGUUUGACCUCAAGGGCUCGAUGCUGGGCCGCGAGCUCAGCGCCGAGGCUGCAGCCAAGCCGCGCGCGUGCAUGAAGGACAAGAACUGGGUCAAGAUGGGCGAGCGCCUGCGCCUGGGGCCGCACAAGCGGCGCGAGUUUGUGCAGCAGCUGAUCGAGGACGUCACGCUGUUGAUAAGGCUCAACAUCAUGGACUACAGCCUGCUGGUUGGCAUCCACGACCUGACAAAGGGCAACAGCCUCCAAGCUGCGCGACACGACGCUAUCACGCCAGAACCGGCUGACGCGCGCGCACACCAUCCGCGAUCAAGGUGCAGCUCGAUGUUCCGCGAGCUGCGCCACUCGGUGUUCUACCGCGAGGACGGCGGUAUUCUGUCGACCAGUGAGCGCGACGAGCCGGCGCAGCUGAUCUACUACCUGGGUGUCAUCGACAUCCUGACGCCCUACAACAUGGUCAAGCGCACCGAGCACUUUGUCAAGUCCAUCGUCCACGACGGCAGAGAGAUCUCGGCGGUGAACCCGCGCAAGUACGGCCUGCGCUUCCUCCGCUUCAUGGUCAACUCGCUCGGGCAACUCGGCCGACGUCUUGCCGCUGCUCGAGCAGUUUGA